CUCAUUACUUGCCAAGUUUUUUUUCUUGUAGCAAACCUGUUACUCUCGUCUCUCUCAAAAUAUUCUGUGUUUUGGCGAGUGAUGCAUGCUGCAAACGGUGUGUGCGUGUAGUGUGAACAAGACCCACUGGUGUAUGCGUGUGCCCGUGUGAGUAAAUGUGCGUGCAUGCGUGUCUGUGCGGAGAGAGAGAGACAUAGACUGAGCCCCCAACACGGAGCAUGCCUCUGCGUCCGGCAGCCGGCAAACAUGAGCCACCCAGCUCUCCACGGCAGGACCAGCAGCAGCACACACACACACACGCACGCACCCCCACGCGCCCUUACACACACGCACCGAACGGCAGCCAGGGGGCCAGCACUGACAGCAGCAGCUCCCGGGAAGAGGAGAGCAGCGUUCCCGUUCCUCACGCUGUUCCGGCUUUCGGUCCCGGUGGAGAGCACAGCAACAGUGCAGGAGCACCCAUGGAGGAGCCAACAGGCAACACUGUGGUCAUCCGCAUUGGAAUCCCAGACCUACAACAGACGAAAUGUUUGAAAUUCAACGUGGAUGCACCAAUAUGGCUGUCCAAGCAACGUAUCCUGUGUACCCUCAACCAGAGCCUGAAGGAUGUACUCAACUAUGGCCUAUUCCAGCCAGCUUACAAUGGCAAAGCUGGCAAGUUUCUGGAUGAAGAGAGACAGCUUAGAGAAUACCCUUUCCCAUCCAUUGCUCCUGUACCAUACCUAGAGUUCCGCUAUAAAAGACGUGUCUACACACAGACCUACGUAGAUGAAAAACAGUUGUCUAAGCUUCACACUAAGGCAAACUUGAAGAAGUUUAUGGAGUACGUGCAGCAGAGAAACAUUGAAAAGGUCUCACGGUUUUUGGAAAAAGGCCUGGAUCCUAACUUCCAUGAUCCAGACACAGGAGAAUGCCCACUAACGCUGGCAGCACAGUUGGAGGGAUGUGCCGAGCUCAUCAAAGUGCUUAAAAAUGGAGGGGCACAUCUGGACUUCCGGACAAAAGAUGGCAUUACUGCCUUGCACAAGGCUGUGCGCAGCAAGAACCACACAGCACUUAUAACACUGUUGGACUUGGGUGCUUCUCCUGACUAUAAAGACAGCAGGGGUCUUACUCCUCUCUACCACAGUGCAAUGGUUGGAGGAGACCCCUACUGCUGUGAACUGCUGCUGCAUGACCACGCACAGGUCGGCUGUGAGGAUGAGAAUGGCUGGCAGGAGAUACACCAGGCAUGCCGCUACGGCCACGUGCAGCACUUGGAACAUCUGCUGUUCUACGGAGCUGACAUGAGUGCCCAGAAUGCAUCUGGAAACACUGCCCUACAUGUGUGUGCUCUCUACAAUCAGGAUAGCUGUGCACGUGUCUUGCUUUUCCGAGGAGCCAAUAAAGAGAUAAAGAACUACAAUAGCCAGACUGCUUUUCAGGUGGCUAUUAUAGCAGGAAACUUUGAUCUUGCAGAAAUCAUUAAGGUCCACAAAGCAUCAGAUGUUGUGCCUUUCAGGGAGACCCCCUCCUACACCAACCGUCGACGUGUUGUGGCUGGCACUCUCCCCUCACCACGUUCCUUGCUGCGGUCUGCAAGUGACAACAACCUUAAUGGUGACCAUGAUCACAUCCACCCUCCGCGCCCUCGAGAAUCCCGUGGCCGCCCCGGUCACUCCCCUGUUCCCUCACUGCGCAGUCUGCCAGCUUUUGGGCAACAGCACAGCAGCCUUGGAGAAGGUCGUCAUGGAGAGAUCCCUGACAGCAGUCUCCAGAGUACCGGCAGCUCUAGAUCCUCCCAUUCCCGCUCACCAUCAUUACAUCACAUGCAUGAAGAGGACAGGCCAGUCCCCAGACGUUCCCACAGCCAUGGCUACCCUCAUGGACAUGGUCCUCGUGGGAGACUCAGCCCUGGCUCAGUGCAGCGAGACCCAAGCCCACCUCAUCACACACCUCCUGCACUGACAGGCCCUCGUGGGCCCAAACGGAAACUCUACAGUGCUGUCCCAGGACGUACCUUCAUUGUGGUCAAGCCCUACACCCCACAAGGGGAAGGAGAGAUCCAGCUCAAUCGUGGAGAACGGGUCAAAGACUUUGACUGUAAUGACGUAGAAGUACUAAGUAUAGGUGAAGGAGGUUUCUGGGAAGGCACUGUCAAAGGAAGAACAGGCUGGUUCCCAGCAGACUGUGUGGAAGAAGUUCAAAUGAGACAGUAUGACCCAAGGCUUGAGACCCGGGAGGACCGCAAUAAGAGACUGUUCAGACACUACACUGUGGGGUCUUAUGACAACUUCACCUCAUACAGUGACUACAUUGUGGAAGAGAAGAAUGCUGUUUUACAGAAGAAAGAAAAUGAGGGGUUUGGUUUUGUCCUGCGUGGAGCCAAAGCCGAGACUCCCAUUGAAGAGUUCACUCCCACGCCAGCAUUCCCUGCCCUGCAGUACUUGGAGUCAGUGGACGUGGAGGGUGUGGCUUGGAGGGCUGGUCUCAGGACGGGGGACUUUCUCAUUGAGGUGAAUGGGGUGAAUGUGGUGAAGGUGGGCCACAAGCAGGUGGUGUCUUUAAUCCGGCAAGGGGGGAGCAGACUCCUAAUGAAAGUUGUUUCUGUCACACGCAAGCCAGAGUCGGAAGAAAUUGUUCGAAAGAAAGCUCCCCCUCCACCCAAGAGAGCUCCCAGCACCACCCUGACGCUGCGCUCCAAGUCCAUGACGGCUGAGCUGGAGGAACUGGCUUCUGCUCGGAGAAGACGAGGAGAAAGACUAGAUGAGAUGUUGGCAUCGCAAGAAUCUAUGUUGCAUUCUCAGCCCCCGGAGGCAGAUUACAGAGCAGCCACUGUCAAACAACGGCCUACCAGCAGGAGAAUAACACCAGCAGAGAUCAGUUCACUGUUUGAAAGACAAGGGAUGACGCUACAUGGAGGUCUGCACCCAGGUAUCGAGAGGGGACACAUACCAUUCCCUAAAGGCAUGUCCAGGACCAAGUCUUUUGGUGCCACUGAAGAGGAUAGACUGUCUGCACUUGCAGGCGAGCACAGAUUUCCACGUAGUUCCUCUAUGACAGACAGCCUCCGAGACCACUCACAACCCCAUCCUAUCCCUCCACCUCCACAAACGGCACCUCCUCCACCUCCUUACUACUUAGACACGGGUCCUCCUCCAGCUUUUUGCCCUCCUCCUCCCCCAUCUCGGACCCAAAGUCAAGGCCAUGAGCCUGGAGGCCGUUCCAGCUUCAAGCCAUCCUCCUUGGACCUGCCUUACGAAGCCGCUCACCGGCAAGCCACACACAUCGAGAGACAGAAGAAAGCUCGCUCAAUGAUCAUCCUACAGGACUCCUCCCAUCUACCUGUAGAACCUACAGAAAUUCCCCGUCCCUCUGCUGCUACUCCACCAGAGCGAAUCAAAAGAAAGGGAAGGGUAAUUGACAACCCUUACGCAAAUGUGGGUCAGUUCAGCAUUGGACUAUUCACACCCACAAAGCCCCAAAGAAAGAAAAGUCCUUUGGUGAAACAGCUACAGGUAGAAGAUGCACAAGAAAAGGCUAGCCUAGCCUUGGCUGCUGCCCACUCGCGAGAGAGCUCACCCUCAGGACGACACCCACAUGGGCACACGCACACCAGCCGUGUUGACUACUACCAGCAGCAGCUCAUGGCUGAACGAGAGCGAUUGCGAGCCCAAGGAGAGAUGAUGUUUCAGGGUAAAGGUCCAUUUGCUGCUGCUAUUGCUGGAGCAGUAAAAGAUCGUGAACGUCGCCUUGAAGAGCGGAGGAAAUCCACUGUCUUCCUUUCUGUUGGGACCAUGGAAGGGUCACCUACAACAAGCCCUGACUCCCCCUCUUUGACUCAGUCUCACUCCAUCGAUGAACGGCUGUUAACUCGAGAGCUUGGACAGCUUCCCCCCCCUGCCUUGGCUCUGAGCCCCUCACCUAGUGGGACCACCUUUAUCCAUCCACUCACAGGAAAGCCUCUGGACCCAAAUUCACCACUAGCUCUUGCGCUGGCCGCAAGGGAGAGAGCACUGACCUCUCAGAGUCAGUCCCCAACUGGCAGCCCAGAGCCUCGGACUAAACAAGAGCGAGUAGGCCAGGUUGUAAUGUUCUCUGACACUCAGACCAAAGAGUCUCCACACGGGGAUGGAGUAACUGCAUCUCCCCCUUUUUCACCUAAAAGCGUCAAGGCAGCAGGGUAUGGCACAUCAUCCUCCCCAGCUAAUAUUUUGGCUCCUCAGGCCAUCAAACCACAGUGGACUUCAUCAUCCCCUAUAUCAUUCCGUCAAGAGAUGGAAGCUAGAAUUGAGGAGAGGAAAGAGGAAAAGAGACUAGAGGAUAAAAAAAGCAUGUUGAUCAGCAUUAUGGAUACAUCACAGCAGAAGACAGCUGGGCUGAUUAUGGUUCAUGCAACCAGCAAUGGUCAGGCUGUUGGGAUAGGGUCAGGGAUUGAACAGAAACCUGUGCCUGCAACCAUAGAGCCCAGCAAAUCACAGAGUCCACGGGCUAAAUCCCCCAUUCCCACAGCUCCCCAGCCCCAAACUCAACUCCAGGUUCAGCCUCAAACUCAGCGUCCUGCCAGUCCCGCCCAAGAGAAGACCCUGGCUCAGGGAAGCUCAGAAGAGGAUGUGGAUGCCUACACAGUCACCUUACCACCGGCUAUGUUAUCUUCCAGUGAUGAGGAAACAAGAGAGGAGCUACGUAAGAUUGGGGUGGUUCCUCCACCAGAUGAGUUUGCAAAUGGGUUGCUGGCCCAGGCACAGGGGAUACCAGUAUCAUCCGCUAAAGCUGCUCUGUCUCCUGCUACACCAGCCACACCAACACCCCAAACUCCCUUAACCCCAACAACCCCAACUGUGACAACCACCCAGCCUCAGCCUGCUCAGCCCCCAACACCACCCAGUGCAGCAGCUGUCUCAGGGAAAACUUCUGACCCUCUGGAGCCCCCACCAGUGGGCGAGGCUGGUUCUGCAGCUGACUCAGGUGUGGAGGAGGCUGACACGCGCAGCUCCAGUGACAGAGAGAGAGACCACCAUCUUGAGACCACCAGCACCGUCUCUACAGUUUCCAGCAUGUCUACAUUGUCCUCAGAAAGUGGCGAGCCUGCUGACACGCACACCACGCACACCUCCUAUGCUGACGGGCAGACUUUUGUUCUUGACAAGCCGCCAGUGCCUCCGAAGCCUCGACUCAAAUCCCAGAUAGGUGGCAGUAAAGGCCCCGUCACCUUCAGGGACCCUUUGCUUAAGCAGAGCUCUGAUAGUGAGCUGCUGUCCCAGCAACAGGCUGCUGCACUGGCUGCUGCAGCAGCUGGUGGAGCUGGGCUUCCUGCAGGUGGUUCCGCCUCAGUUACUGGUCUUGGUCUAGCUCCGACCAAGCCACGCUAUCUCUUCCAACGGAGGUCCAAGUUGUGGGGGGAUCUGGUAGAACCUCGAGGACCAGGUGUAGGGCUAGGGAUUGGGAGUUUGGGCAAUCUUGGUGGGCUAGGACUCGGGCUAGGUGCAGAUGAGAGUGCAAAACCAUCAGUUAUGGGAGAGCUCAGUUCACGUCUACAGCAGUUGAGUAAAGACACUAGGUCACUGGGUGAGGAGCCGCUGGGAGCCUCUCUUGACCCUGGGAGAAAGUCACCUGUGGCAGGUGCAAGACUUUUUAGCAGCCUAGGCGAGCUCCACACCCUUUCCCAGAGAAGCUAUGGAACCACAUACACCAUCCGCCCCGGCAGCCGCUACCCCGUCACCAGACGCGCGCCCAGCCCCGGCUCAGGUUCACCUGAUCGGGGUGACCCCCUUGGACGAUUCUCAGGCUUCGGCCUGCCAACCUCACCAACUACACCGCCGCAAACCAUCCUCAAGUCCUCUAGUCUCAGCUUACCCCAGGAGCCUAAAGAGGUGCGCUUCGUGAUGAGGAGCUCCAGCGCACGUUCUCGCUCUCGCUCUCCAUCACCUUCCCAUUCCCCUGGAUUAGGCUCACCACUUUUAGCCCUCCGACCCUUUCACCAAAAACCCCUCCACCUGUGGAACAAGUACGAUGUUGGAGACUGGCUUGAGAGCAUCAACUUGGGAGAGCACAGAGCAGGGUUUCAGGAACACGAGAUCGAAGGCUCUCACCUCCCGGCUCUAACCAAGGAUGACUUUGCAGAGCUGGGAGUGACACGGGUCGGACACCGUAUGAACAUUGAGCGAGCGCUGAAACUGCUGCUGGAGAGCUGACCCUUGCCCUGAAAAAGAGCAACAGGAAAGAAAGACACAAAGUCGGAAUUAGAUGAAAAUAAGGGAUCCACUGAACACGCUCCUCUGUUACUCCAGCUGCUUUUAUGUUCAGUAUUAAAAUGUUCACCUGUGGUUCCUAGUGACACUUUCUGUUCUGCAUUAAUACCCCGCACCUGGCAAUGCACUAAAGAGGCAGAGGCAAUACUCAUAAAAUGUACAUUCAUCCCUUUUUUUUCUUAUCCCCUACUCACUUUAUGGCUCCACCUUCUUGCCUAGAGCAAAUCAGACGAGACAUCCCAAAAAGGAUAUCUGAUCUUUUUUGUUAAGAAGAAUCACUGGAGCUCCAAUUAGAUCAUUUGGUUUCUGAAAAGUUACGUUGUUUCCUUAAUGACACCCACACUUUCUCACUGCACCCUCUCUACCUCUCGCCCCUCUCAUAUUAGGCCUCUGAAAGCCUUUGGCAGUUUGAGUAAGAGAGGAGGAGGAAGGAUUCUUGUUCCAAACAGAAAACUCAGUUGCCUUUCAAAAAUAUUUCUACUGAAAUCAACUCUGAUGAACACAGUGCUAUGGACAUAACAGCUCUGAAAAGGUGUGUCUUCUGAGUACCUGCUAUCGUUUUUAAACUGAAGACUUUUAAGCCCAGAGGUGGAGCUCCGCAGGAGGAAAACCCCCCUCUGCCUUGGUACCAAGACUGUGCAAUCUAUAAUAUUUGGAGAAUGUUUAACCAACACUCGUGGCUUUUUUCAUAAUUAAUUUUCUGAUUUUCCAAAGGGAAUAUUAUAUAUAUUACUAUAAUAUGGCAUAAUAUAUAUGUGUAUCUAAGUAUAGCUUUCAGAUGAAAAGACAAUAUUGCAAAGAAAAGAUGUAUUAAAUGAAUUCGCAGCUGUUUUUGGUUUUAGUAUAGAAGACAGAAAGAGGUCUUUAAAUCUAAUCCACCAAUAGUUUACUCAUUUCUACCAGUUAUAUAUAUAUAUAUAUAUAUAUAUAUAUAUAUACAUAUGAAUAUAUAUAUAUAUUUGAAGGAAAACAAGAUAUAAAUACAGAAAAAUUAAUUUUUUUAUCAUACAUACAGAAAUUUCCGUGUGAUCACCUUUCUUGAGGCAUAGCAUGACGAGUUGCAUUAUGUUGUACAUUUUUAUUUUGUUUAUGGUCUUCCGUCACUCUAAAGGGCAUCCCGUAAUGUGAGGUUAAGACCCCAGCUGAAACCCAUCCCUACUGCUUCAGUCUCAGAUUUUUGUCAGAGGGGACUAAUGAGCCAAAUAUUUGGGGAACAUUAGUUUUGAGGGUUUUUUUUUUCCUUUUAAGGCUUGAAAUAAUUGAUUUACAAAGCAAAACACAAUAUUCAACAAAGGCAUGGGCCAGAAUGAAAUUCUAUUAGUAAGAUAACCAUACAAAAAAAUUAUUCAGUUUGAUUCUCAGAAGUUGAAAUUUCCAAGUUUUAACUUUGAAAAGUUAACAGAAAAGUUAUAGUUCUCAAAACCCAACACAGCUGCCACAGGUCUUUUAAAAUUAUGAAGAUUUAUAUCCAGUGAAAUCUUUUCACACACACACACGACCUCCUUACAACAUAAAUCUUUAUCAAACAGGUGUAUAGUUUCUUCAGCAGUGGGGAUGGGAAAUAGUAAAAGGUCUUAAAGAAAAUUCAGUAUUUUACAACCUGAAUGUGCAGCUGCUUUCUUUUUAGGUAUACCACUCUUAGUGAGUGAAAUAUUAUCAGCCAGAACUAUUAAAAAAUAAACCCAGGUUGUAAAACAGAGGGAAAAAAAGCUGAAUUUUCUUUUAACAAUACAAAUCUGCAAUUGUACUCGUGAGCAGCUUCAGCUGGCAGUGAAAACCAGUGAGUUUUAUUCAUGCUACAAAGGAAAAAAAAAAAAAAAAAAAAGCAUUUUGGCAUUCUAGCUGUCUUCUUUUCUGACAGAAUGCCAGGAAAUGUCUGUUACCACUAAAAACCUCUGCUCAUCAGAAGCAUUCAGCCAAGGCACUUUCACUUGGCAAAAACUUGUGUGCAUAUUUCUUAUCUCCCAACCCCCUGUCAUUUCUGAAAAGCGGGCGGUGAACAAAAUCCUCAUGUAGGAGCUGUAGGAAUAGCACUCACUGCCUCACUGUGACCUCACUCUUUAUUUUCCUUUUAACUGCAGUGUUAAGUUCUCCUUUCUUUCUUCUUCUGUUGCUGAUUUGUUACCUUCGGCCACUGUGCGUAGAUUUUGUAGCGUGUGGAACAUCAUAUUUUACUCAUUUGAAUUUUAGAGUGGUGGGGAAGAAAAACUAAAUCUCCUGCCCGUUCCGAACAUACUUACACUUGUAAAAAAAAAAAAAAAAAGAACAAACUACAAAUAUUUGCUUUUUUAAAAAAUCACAAGCAAUGUAUAUAUAAUAGAUUUCCUAUAAAUUUUUUUGAAAAGUAUAUAGAUCUAUAUAUGAAUGUUUGGCAUAUAUGCAUAGUUAACCACCUGUGGAAAAGGUGAGCAGAUUUUAUUCUUUCUAUGAACUCUUGAACUUUUGAACUCUGAACUAUGAACUAGGGGAUGAUUUGCACAAAACAAGGUGACAAGGUGCUAACAUAAAAGCCACCCAUCGUCCAAGCGCAUGAGUGCAUCUGGAUUCCCUGAAUCUCUCUGUGUGCUUGUUCCUCUUCACCGUGCGCGUGUGAAUGAGUGUGCAUGUGUGCAAAUGCUUGUUUUUUUUUUCACGUCUGUGUAAUUUGUUUGGGAGUGAGAUGCAAAGAAUGCAUGCGACCGUGAGAGUGCGGUUAAUUGUUGGGGUUUACAUCUUUGGCGUUAGUCCACUAUAGCCUUACUGUACCAUCAGAGAUUGCCGGCUGUGGCUGUGUCACAUAACAACACAGACACAAACACGCCUACACACACACACACACACACACACAUACACACAGAAAAAUGCACACGCAUUCACCUUCAACACUGAAGCUCAUCGUUGUGUAUUGUGUUUUUGUUCAGAGUUAUGUCUUCAAAAAGUGGACUGUUCUGCCCAAGAGGGAGAGACAGACAGACAGAGAGAGAGAGAGAUAAGCAAAACACUGUCAAAUUUUCUACUCCUGAGUCAAGACUAGAAGAUCUCACCUUGGAACUGCAUAGGUGCUUCUUAUGCAGUGUCACUAAUUCUGUACAGCCUUUCCCUAAUGGCAUUUCCACUCCGCUGCACUCUGUCUGGCAGCUCUCCUUUUUCCUUUUUCAGACUUUCAGAUUCUGAGUUUUGAAUAUGCUAUAUGCGAUGAACCAGUGAGGAACAAACCACACACACAAAAAAAGAAAUGUGCCAAAAAGUAACUUAACUGUAUAUUUGUCUUUUGCUUUAGGACUAUCUUAGUUACAGCACUCUUAAGCUGUUAUGUGUUACGACAAUAUGGUGCCAUCUCCUGGUAAUCUUGAGAACUGACAUUUUUUGGAUCCUUUGGUAUUUUCCUGCAGAUGGAAGUACAUGUGCAUCUCAAAUAAGAUAAUUGAAAGGUUCAUUCAUUUCUGUUAUUCCAUUGAAAAAGUGAAAUCCACGUUCUGUCUAGCCGUAUUGCACACAGGUUGACAUGAUUCAAAUGUUUAGUUCAGGUUACAUUUUAUGAUUGUGGCUCAUAGAUAAAAGAAAAUUCCCAAUGUAGUUUUUUUGAAAGUGAAGAUGGAAUCAAAACAAGGAAGGUAUUUUUAGUCAGAAAUGUCAGAUUGGUGCACAACAUAUGCAUUCAAUAUCUGGUCGGGGCUUACUUUGGAUUUUGCAUGAAGCACUGCCUCAGUGCUGUGUGGCAUGGAGGCGAUCCGCCUGUAGUUUGUGUUAAUAGAGGGCUUCAGCCCGUCAUUGGAUCUCAUCUUCCUCAUGAUGAAACCUCUUAGAUUAUGUUAUUUAGGUUGAUUACAGUGAUAUCAUGGUCAUUAAACCAAUUGCUGGUACUUAUGGAUUAGGAUUUGGAUAGAAGCCAUGUCCUGUUGGAGAUUGAAAUCAACAUCUCCAUAAGGCUUGUCAGCAGACAGAAGUAUGUAAUGUUACUAAUAUCAUGGUAGGACGCGCUAGUGUUGGACUUUAUAAAACCUUAACAAUCAACAUGUAGAUUACAUGUGUCUCUAAAUCAGCCUUCACCUCAAGCUGUUGUAUCUAUUUUAAUAGCUCUCAGUUGACAUUUUGUUUAUUAGGUGUAAGGUAUAAUCAGCAAACUUGCAAGAGACAAACACUUGAAUUAUGUCCCUCUGUGUGUAAUGAAUCGACAUAAUAAACGGGUUUUAGUUUUUCAUCUAACUUUUUAAAACAAACUUUUCAAUAAAAUAAUUUCCUGAGAUGCACUUUUAUUUCUUACUUCAUAAAGACACAGGCUAUAUAGAUGUCUCCAUAUAGAUUUAUGUAUGUAUAAACAUGCAUACAGCCUGUGUAUUUCUACUUGCUUUGACAUUUGUCCUUAAAUUAUGUGACAUAGCAACACAGUUACAUGAUUUGAAUGAUAACAGUUAUUGUUCCCAGAAAAUAGUCUGAUCUCAGUCACAGGCUGGCCUGAUUAGACCAGUGAUUGAGUUGGGUUGUUGUGGAAGUUUACUACAAAUAAAGACAUUUAGAUGAGCAGCAAGUAACAGACUGACACAUCAUUAGGUCAAAUAAGUUCUGCGAACUUAUUUCGCCCUUAUUUGACCUCUAUUAAAUAUAGAGGUAGGCUCUAUAUUUCUUAAUCAACAAAGCACAAUCUACACAGUUGAGGAGAAGCAAUGUGUCUUUUCUUUAAAGAAUUAAAAAAAAAAAAACUCCCUGGUACCCGUCGACACACUGGAACCAGUGAUCUUAUCAUCAGAGGUUUUGUUUCUUUCAUUGUUGGUUUUCUCCUUGUUUGCACUGUGAAGUUUAGAACGGUGGAUGUAUCACUGCAACGCCUCAGCCUUGUCUCACUUGAGAACAUCCCCUUCUCGGCUUCUAAUCACCAGGUAACUCAUCUACAACUCUUCCUCUGGACAUGAAUAUCUGAUACAUAAGAGUCUGUGCUAACAGCCCAAGCUAACCAGAGGCUACCAAGUCUUCUCCAUGUAAAAAAAAAAAUCAAGGGCGAUGGUAAAGACUGAGGCAAGAUCUGAGACGUUGCCCUGGAUAUCUCCACCACAGAGAUAUAUGUUUGUUAUAUUAUGUAAUAAAUUUAUAAUUAAAACAUGA